CCGAUCGUUGGCUAAAUGUAUUGGUUUAUUUGUGUAUUUUGAUUGAUUUGUAUAGCUUAUUCGUAUCCGUAUUGCUGAUUUUUAGGAAACACCCAUCCAAAUGAUUACAAUAGCUAAACCUGCACCAUACAUUCUCAAACCUUAUGCAGGACUAUACAACCCGUUUCCAUCAAACUGUUCCCUUCUUUGCAAUCACCCAACAGAUAUAGAAGCUAAAGAAUUAUUAAACGAUGCCAAAGAGUAUGGGGCUGCUGACAAUAAAAAUAUAUUUAGUGAAAACGGCAAUUUGGAUGUCGAAUUAAAUAUUGGAGGUGAGCAGCUAACACCUACCAAUAUUUAUAUCCCCCAAGUGGAAAGUGUUCCAGAGGAAUUAUUUCGAAGAUAUACAGAAACUGAUUCAAGACCCCAAACACCAGCCCCUACACUAAUAAGUGGGAUUACAAGAUUAACCACUUCCAGAAGAUGCAUUACACCGGAUCCCCUACCAAGCCGACAAGUAAAAGAAAAAACUCAGCUGGUAUUAGAUUUGAGAAGAAGCCAUAGUCAGGAAAAUUUGUCUAUUUAUGGAAGCUCGCCAUUUUAUCAAGAUCCUCCUCUGAUUCGUAUUCAACAAGUACUUAGCAGAUCAGCUAGUCUAGACGACGAAAAACAUGUCGAAUCGCAGAAAUUAACGGCACUAUCGCAUAAAUACUCUACCUCAAAAAGACCGGGAAGUGUGAGAAAAGUGGAAAAGGACAAAGGAGAUAAAUCAGAACAUGUAAGAACGUUUGUAUUCAUGCUGUAG